CCACUGCUUCCUCUUUGGUGAAAGGAGCAAAUCCUUCAUGUCGUGGCGUGAGCUGCUUCCCCCCUGGCUGGUGAUCGCAGCAGGGCUGACGGGCAUCGUGCUGCUCUGUGUCUCCACCAAAGAUGUGCCCCUGGCCCCACUCAGGACCAAGUAUGGCAUUGUUCUGGAUGCUGGCCCAUCCCGCACCAUCCUGUUCAUCUACCAGUGGACAACCACCAAGGCAAACAAGACUGGGGUGAUCAGAGGAUGCAGUUCCUGUCCUGUGCAAGGUCCAGGAGUCUCCAGCUACUCAGAUGCUCCUCAGAAAGCUGGGAAGAGCUUGGAGCCAUGUUUGAGCUGGGCCCAGAAGGAGAUCCCAGCAGAGCAGCACAGCCAAACCCCCCUGUACUUGGGAGCCACCGGCAGCAUGAGGCAGCUGAACCUCACCCAUCCCAUCCUCUCUGACAGUCUCCUUGCAGCUCUGACUGGCACCCUGAAGUCAUCCCCUUUCAGCUUUCAAGGGGCACAAAUCCUGUCCAGCCCAGAGGAAGAAGCAUUCAACUGGGUUGCUGUUAACUAUGUCCUGGAGAACUUCUUCAAGUAUGACUGGCGAGGAGAGCUGGUCCCCUCCAGGAGGGGGAUGGCAGGAGUCCUGUCAGUGGGAGGAAGCUCAGCACAGCUCACCUCUGAGCUGGAAGAAGAGAAGCUGGCCCCGAAGGAGGGAGUGAGGCUGCAGCUCUACGGGCAGACACACAGGCUGCUCACCCUGCAGUGCCCCUGCCACGGCACAGAGCAGCUCUGCAGCAGGCUGCUGGCUGUGCUCAUCCAGGAACAGAGAGGUGCUGAAACCGUGUCCAAUCCCUGCUGGCCCCUCACCUACUCCCGGGAAGUGCAGUGGCAGUCAGUGCAUGCUGGGCCCUGUGCUGCCAGGGGUGACACACAGGACAUCCCUGGCCCCAAGGUCUUCAACAUCACGGGCUCCAGCAAUGCCACAGCCUGCAUGAGCCUGGUGCAAAGCCUGCUCAACUCCUCUUCCUGCAGCUUCCACAAGCACUCCCUCAGCACUGCCCUCAAGCCCCUUCAGCCCAGGUUUCUGGUGCUUUCUGAGGCCAUGGACUUCAUGAGAGGAACUGGACCUUCUCCUAACCUGGGUCAGGCUGUGGAGAGGCUGUGUGGGAUGUCUGUCCCAGAGCUGAUUAGGGAGUCCCAAGCAAGCCUGGAUACACUUGUUGAUUACUGCACUGUGUCUGCCUUCAUCUUCCAUCUCAGCACAACAGGAUACACACUUGACUUUGACAGGCCUGCUUGGACUGCAUUCCAGAAGAUGGGUGAUAGAUCAUCUGGCUGGACUCUUGGGUACCUGCUGAGUCUGACCAGCAGCAUGCCCCAGGACAGCCCAAGCUCCCUGAAGGGCAUUGAGCCAGGGGUCUGGUCCUUGCUGCUGAUCCUCUUCGUGGUGCUGCUGAUGGGAUCCUUCUUGCGCAUCUCGUACCGGGUGAUGGCCAAGGAGAGCAGCUCCAGCCACAGGAACAGCAGUGCCUUUGAUGACUGACACUGCUGCGACUCAACACUCUUGUCAGAGCAGUUAGCAGGGCCCAGACAGAAAUGACAGAGGUGUAAGUCACUGGAGGAUACAAGUGAUUUUCCUGCAGGGCUCCCAGCAACUUGCUGGUACUUGCUCUGCUGUGCUUUGAGACAAUGGAUCCUGCUCCACAGGAAGUCUGUGAUUCCUGGUGGAUGGCAAGCUAUUCAUUCUCCAAACAAGAACAGCCUGCAUGGCUCUUCCUUGGGCUACAGCUGGGAUUACUCAUGUCACACAUGAAGUGAUGCCUGUCAAAUCAGAAGAGGUGGUGUCUGAAAAAAAGUCUCUGUCCUCUUCUGUGGCCUCUCAAGAGAUGAUACCUGCAGGAUUGCCAUUAGUGAAGAUUGGAAGGGCAUUCAAAUACUGUCAGAAUAUAAGAGCCAACUGCUUCCAUGUUCUAAGGAAAAUACAGGUAUUUUCUGCCUGAUCUGUCUCUGCUUCCAUCUCAGUGAUGAUGGCCACGUGUCCCUUCCUGCUGACCAGGAAUCCUUCAAAACCAAUCCUUCUUAGUCUUGGCCUCUACAAAAUGUGCAGAGGAUCAAAGGAGAAACAAAGGGCACAGAGCACAGCUGACUUUUUGUCUCUCAGCUGAGUCAUGGCCACACGGGGUUAAAAUUGCCAAUUUAAAUUCUUUAGCAAGGACUUGAAUUAACAUAUUUAAUUUCACAUUUGCUAAAGCUGGGCUCAAGCUGGGCUGAGGUUCACCUGUUUGUUCAUUUGCACUGACCUGCUUCUCUUGCUGACUCUGGAAGUGUCUCAGCUGACACUGUCCUUUAGACCAGAGCAGACUCAGGAACAGAAGCUUUCCUAAUUGUCCCUUUCAUAUUAGACCAUGAGCAGAGUUACUUUAUGAUCUAAUAAUCAGAAUUUCUCUGGGAUCUGGCAGUCAUGCCAGCUCCUCUGGUCUGCUCUGAAAGAUGAGUGCAGUACAAAUUCUGUGUUACUCCAAAGAAAAGGGAUCAAUUCACAAACACUGUCCUUUGACUAAGGCAUUUAGAGCUCACUUCUCUGCUGCUUCAGAGACUUAAAACACACAGACUGUUAAGAGCCUCAGGGACAAGUGUCUCCAAGGCUUUUCAGACCACUUUAAACAGAAAUGUAAAUGCUCACAGAUGCAGUGAUGUGCCUUGCAGGGUUUUUAAAGCUACCUAAAUCCUUUCAAAUCUGAUUAUUUGUCCCUUGUGCUUCCAACUGAUAAUAUAGGACACACACACCCCAUAAUAUUGGGGUAUUCAUGCAUUUUCAGGCCGAUUAAUGAAGGUUUGGAACCUGCCAGUCAAGUUUAGAGGGGUGUGGAAACAGACUUAAACAAGCUUCAUAUUCAUAUUUCUUUGAGUUGCACGUUAGAUAUUUUUAAUUGUAUCAUGUCAUUAAAGAUGUUUUAAUAG